UUCCCCUCUGAAUGAGUUUCGGCGGCCAGUCCUCCAGCGGCAGACCUCCAUCACCCAGACCAUCCGGAGGGGCACCGCGGACUGGUUUGGUGUGAGCAAGGAGAGCGACGCCACGCAGAAAUGGCAGCGCAAAAGCCUGCGCCACUGCAGCAUGCGCUAUGGCAAGCUGAAGCCACAGGUGAUCCGUGAGAUGGACCUCCCGAGCCAGGACAACAUCUCCCUGGCCAGCACGGAGACGCCCCCUCCGCUCUACGUGCCCCCCUGCCAACUGGGCAUGCAGAGGAUCAUCGACCCCCUGGCCCGUGGACGGGCCUUCCGGAUGCCCGACGACAGUGAUGGUUACAGCAUGCCCCACACGCCCAUCACGCCCGGGGCCGCGUCUCUGUGCUCCUUCACCAGUUCGCGGUCCGGCUUCAAUCGCUGGCCCCGGAGGCGGAAGAGGGAGUCGGUCGCCAAGAUGAGCUUCCGGGCGGCAGCGGCUUUGGUGAAGGGCCGUUCGGUGAGAGACGGCACGCUCCGGCCCACCCAGCGAUGCAGCUUCACCCCGGCCAGUUUCCUGGAGGAGGACACGGGGGACUUCCCGGACGAGCUGGAUACCUCCUUCUUUGCCCGGGAAGGAGUCCUCCAGGAAGAACUCUCCACGUGCCCCGACGAGGUCUUUGAGUCGCCCUCCGAAGCAGCCAUCCGGGAUGCCGACGCGAAAGCCCCCCCGCCAGCGCAGCCAGGGCUCACGGGGGGGGCCUUGGACCGAAAUGAGCUGGAGAGGAGCCACCUCCUGCUGCCGCUGGAGCGUGGCUGGCGGAAGCAGAAGGAGGGGUCCGUGUUCCAGCCCAAGAUCCGCCUGCGCCAGGAGGUGGUGAGCCUGGGCCUGCAGCGGCGCGGCCAGCGCAUCACGGUGCCCGUGCGGAAGCUGUUUGCCAAAGAGAAGCGCCCCUAUGGGCUGGGCAUGGUGGGCCGGCUGACCAACCGCACGUACCGCAAGCGCAUCGACAGCUACGUCAAGCAGCAGAUCGAGGACAUGGACGACCACCGGCCCUUCUUCACGUACUGGGUCACCUUCGUGCAUUCGCUCAUCACCAUCCUGGCCGUAUCGAUCUACGGCAUCGCCCCCGUGGGCUUCUCCCAGCACGAGGCUGUGGAUUCGGUCUUGCGAAACCGGGGCGUCUAUGAAAAUGUGAAGUACGUUCAGCAGGAGAACUUCUGGAUUGGUCCCAGCUCAGAAGCCCUGAUCCACCUGGGGGCCAAAUUCUCCCCGUGCAUGCGGCAGGACCAGCAGGUACACAGCGGCAUCAACGCCGCCCGCCAGAAGGAGAAGCACUCGGCCUGCUGCGUGCGCAACGACAAGUCCGGUUGUGUGCAGACGGCCGAGGAGGAGUGCUCGUCCACCUUGGCCGUGUGGGUGAAAUGGCCGCAGCACCCCAACGCCCCCCUGCUGGCAGGAGAGAAGCGACAGUUUGGCUCUGUCUGUCACCAAGACCCCCGGGUGUGUGAGCAGCCGGCCUCCACAGACCCUCACGAAUGGCCCGACGACAUCACCAAGUGGCCGAUUUGCACCAAAAACAGCGCUGGGAACCACACCAACCACCUGCAUGUGGACUGUGUGAUCACUGGGCGCCCCUGCUGCAUUGACACCAAGGGAAGGUGCGAGAUCACCUCCCGCGAGUAUUGCACCUUCAUGCACGGCUAUUUCCACGAGGAGGCCACCCUGUGCUCACAGGUUCACUGCAUGGACGACGUUUGCGGGCUCCUGCCCUUCCUCAACCCGGAGGUUCCAGACCAGGUUUAUCGCCUUUGGCUCUCGCUCUUCCUUCACGCAGGGAUCCUGCACUGCCUGGUGUCGGUGUGUUUCCAAAUGACCAUCUUGCGAGACUUGGAGAAGCUGGCCGGUUGGCACCGCAUCGCCAUCAUCUACCUGCUGAGUGGUGUCACAGGAAACUUGGCCAGUGCUAUCUUCCUGCCCUACCGGGCUGAGGUGGGUCCAGCGGGCUCCCAGUUUGGCAUCCUGGCCUGCCUCUUCGUGGAACUCUUCCAGAGCUGGCAGAUUCUGGCCCGGCCCUGGAGGGCCUUCUUCAAGCUGCUGGCCGUUGUGGUCUUCCUCUUUGCCUUUGGCCUCCUGCCGUGGAUCGACAACUUUGCCCACGUCUGCGGCUUCAUCAGUGGGCUCUUCUUGUCCUUCGCCUUCCUGCCCUACAUCAGCUUUGGCAAGUUUGACUUGUAUCGGAAGCGGUGCCAGAUCGUCGUCUUCCAACUGGUCUUCCUCGGCCUCUUCUCCGGGCUGGUGGUCCUGUUCUACUUCUACCCCAUCCAGUGCAAAUGGUGCGAGUUCCUCACCUGCAUCCCCUUCACAGACAAGUUCUGUGAGAAGUACGAACUGGACACGCAGCUCCACUGA